AUGCAAACGUCCCAACCAGCGAUACCCAGCCUACAAAUACAAACAUCCACAACCAGCAGUACCCAGCCUCCAAAUACAAACAUACAUAACCAGCGGCACCCAGCCUCCAAAUACAAACAUCCACAACCAGCGGCACCCAGCCUCCAAAUACAAACAUCCACAACCAGCGGUACCCAGCCUCCAAAUACAAACAUACAUAACCAGCAGCACCCAGCCUCCAAAUACAAACAUCCACAACCAGCGGCACCCAGCCUCCAAAUACAAGCAUUGAUAACAAGCAAUACCCAGCCUCCAAAUACAAACAUUUACAAACAGCGGCACCCGGCUUACAAAUACAAACAUCCACAACCAGCGGCACCCAGCUUCCAAAUACAAACAUCCACAACCAGCAGCACCCUGAGCCUCCAAAUACAAACAUUCACAACCAGCACGAUACCCAGCCUACAAAUACAAACAUCCAUCACCAGCGGAACCCAGCCUCCAGAUACAAACAUCCAUCACCAGCGGUACCCAUCCUACAAAUACAAACAUCCACAACCAGCAAUACCCAGCCUCCAAAUACAAACAUCCACAACCAGCGGAACCCAGCCUACAAAUACAAACAUCCACAACCAGCGGUUCCCAGCCUUCAAAUACAAACAUCCACAACCAGCGAUACCCAGCCUACAAAUACAAACAUCCACAACCAGCGGUUCCCAGCCUACAAAUACAAACAUUCAUAACCAGUGGCACCUAGCCUCCAAAUACAAACAUCCACAACCAGCGGAACUCAGCCUCCAAAUACAAACAUCCAUCACCAGCGGAACCCAGCCUCCAGAUACAAACAUCCAUCACCAGCGGUACCCAUCCUACAAAUACAAACAUCCACUACCAGCAAUACCCAGCCUCCAAAUACAAACAUCCACAACCAGCGGUUCCCAGCCUACAGCUACAAACAUCCACAACAAGCAAUACCCAGCCUCCAAAUACAAACAUCCACAACCAGCGAUACCCAGCCUCCAAAUACAAACAUCCACAACAAGCGAUACCCAGCCUCCAAAUACAAACAUCCACAACCAGCGCAACACCCAGCCUCCAAAUACAAACAUCCACAACCAGCGAUACCCAGCCUCCAAAUACAAACAUCCACAACAAGCGAUACCCAGCCUCCAAAUACAAACAUCCACAACAAGCGAUACCCAGCCUCUAAAUACAAACAUCCACAACAAGCGAUACCCAGCCUCCAAAUACAAACAUCCACAACAAGCGAUACCCAGCCUCCAAAUACAAACAUCCACAACAAGCGAUACCCAGCCUCCAAAUACAAACAUCCACAACCAGCGAUACCCAGCGUCCAAAUACAAACAUCCACAACCAGCGAUUCCCAGCCUACAAAUACAAACAUUCAUAACCAGUGGCACCCAGCCUCCAAAUACAAGCAUCUACAGCCAGCGCCUCCAAAUACAAACAUCCAAAGCCAGCGGCACCCAGCCUCCAAAUACAAACAUCCACAACCAGCGGCACACAGCCUCCAAAUACAAACAUUCACAACCAGUAGAACCAAGCCUCAAAAUACAAACAUCCACAACCAGCGAUACCCAGCCUACAAAUACAAACAUCCACAACCAGCGAUACCCAGCCUCCAAAUACAAACAUCCACAACCAGCGAUACCCAGCCUACAAAUACAAACAUCCACAAGCAGCGAUACCCAGCCUACAAAUACAAACAUCCACAACCAACGAUACCCAACCUACAAAUACAAACAUCCACAACCAGCGAUACCCAGCCUACAAAUACAAACAUCUACAACCAGCGAUACCCAGCCUCCAAAUACAAACAUCCACAACCAGCGGUUCCCAGCCUACAAAUACAAACAUCCAAAACCAGCGAUACCCAGCCUCCAAAUACAAACAUCCACAACCAGCGGUUUCCAGUCUACAAAUACAAACAUUCAUAACCAGUGGCAUCCAGCCUCCAAAUACAAACAUCCACAACCAGCGGAACUCCAACUCUGA